AUGGUGAAGCAGGAACAGGUGUUAGCCAACCGGCCUGACAACACUGCCUUCACUCAGCAGAGGCUUCCGGCCUGGCAGCCCAUUCUCUCUGCCGGCAUUGUCAUCCCAGGAUUUGUCGUCAUUGGUCUGGUGUUCAUUGGCAUUGGUGUCGCUCUCUUUGUCACUUCACAGAGCAUUCAAGUUUUGGAGAUUGACUACACUGGGAUUGAUACAAGCUCACCAUGCUUUAAGUGCACUGACAAUAUGUCAAAGAAAUGCGAGUGCCAGUUGGACUUCAACAUCGACAGCCUUUUUAAGGGGCCAGUGUUCUUUUAUUAUGGUUUGUCCAACUACUUCCAGAACUACAGGAGAUACUUUGCAUCCAAAGAUGAUAACCAGCUGUCUGGAGACCUGACAUACUUUAAGAGUCCCGGUGACACCUGCUCUCCCUAUGAGUAUGACAGCAACGAUAAACCAAUUGUACCAUGUGGAUCAGUAGCAAACAGCAUGUUCAAUGACACCUUCAAGCUAUAUCAGAAUGUGAAUGGUAAACAGAAGCUAGUGCCCUUGGAUGGAAAAGGCAUUGCUUGGUGGACAGACUACAACAUCAAAUACAGAAACCCCUCUGUCACACCUCUGAAGAACGCAUUCAAUGGCACUGUGAAGCCUCUAUUUUGGUCCAAACCUGCUUAUGAGUUGGACCCCUCAGACCCUGCAAACAACGGCUUCAUCAAUCAAGAUUUCUUGGUGUGGAUGAGGAGAGCGGCCUUGCCAGAUUUCACAAAACUCUAUCGCCGAAUCACAGAUGGGGAUUACGCAGAGGGCCUUCCAGCAGGAAACUACUCCCUCAAAAUUGCCUACAACUAUCCUGUUCAGAGCUUUGAUGGCAGAAAGAAGGUGGUGUUCAGCAACGUGUCCUGGAUGGGUGGCAAGAAUGAGUUUCUGGGCAUUGCCUACCUUGUGAUUGGUUCGAUGUGUAUCGUCAUGUCCAUAGUCAUGCUCAUUGUCUAUGCUAAAUUCAAGUUCCCUGAAGAGGAUUGAGCUCCUUUUCAUGGACUGUGGUUUAAUGGGAUAUUUAUCUUCCCCGUCAACUUUUUUUUUCUUAAUGAAAUGGUGAACGCAAAGUUCAGUGGU